AUGAACAGCAGGGUCCCAGGGACGCUGGCCGUGGAGAGAGUGAAAUUCGUCGGCCGGCACCGCGGGGAGGUCAACUCUUCCGCCUUCUCUCCCGUUGGCCAGAAGCUGCUCACAGCCUCCGAGGACGGCUGUGUAUAUGGUUGGGAGACCCAGAGUGGGCGGCUGCUGUGGAGACACAGGUGGGGCUCUUCACCCCACACAGGGAGACUGAGGCCUAUGGCCCUGUUUGUACAGUUCAGCCCCAAUGGCUGCCUCUUUGCCAGCAACUCCUGUGGCUGCACCAUCCGCCUGUGGGAUGUAGCAGAAGCCAAGUGUCUGCAGGUCCUGCAGGGUCACCAGUGGAGUGUGGAGACCAUCAGCUUCAGCCCUGACUCAAAGCAACUGGCAUCAGGCGGCUGGGACAAGAGGGUGAUGCUCUGGGAAGUGCAGAUAGGCCAGGUGCUGAGUCACUUGGUGGGACAUCGAGACUGUCCCAGUGACUUCGCACCCAGCUCAGACUGCUUGGCCACUGGCUCUUGGGAUUCCACCAUCCGCAUGUGGGACCUUUGGGCAGGGACCCCAGUGAUCUUCCACCAGGAGCUGGAGGGCCACAGUGGCAACAUCAGCUGCCUGUGCUACUCAGCAUCUGGCCUAUUGGCGUCUGGCUCCUGGGACAAGACUAUCCACAACUGGAAGCCCUCAACCGGAAGCCUGCCUGUCCAGCUCAAGGGCCACAUCACCUGGGUGAAGAGCAGAGCUUUCUCCCCUGAUGGGCUGCAGGUGGCCAGCACUGGCUAUUCCCACAUGAUCAAAGUCUGGGACUACAAUACGGGAAAGUGCAUUGAGACCCUGAAGGGAGUCCUGGAUGUGGCCCACGCCUGUGCCUUUACCCCAGAUGGAAAACUCUUAGUGUCUGGAGCUGCUUAG